AUGUUAAUCCAUCCCACACUCCCUCACCGCAUCUUUCGCCCCAAGAGCCCCGAUUCUCGUCCACAAAAUCGGCCACAUCACGGGCUGCGAGUCCCCGACAGGCUCACACGAACGUUCUCAGCACUCUUCUCGAAGGCUGGGCCCCUCGCUGCCAGGAGUCCCAGCCCCGGGCCUUCUUCGACAGCGGCCCCAAGAACACCACCCAACUCUCCUGCCGGUAGCAUCCAUGAGUCUGGGAGUUGUGAAGGGUGCUCGUGCUGCCAGCGGCAUCGAUUUGAACAUGAAUGCGACGUAAUGCACCUACAGGAGAUGCACAACGCCCAGCUUGAAGCUGUCUCCCGCUUGCUCCGUGAAAGUCAGCAACAAGUGCAAAUGCUAUGUGACAUAUUGCGACCAAACGAGGAAUGGGUUGGGAUGGCAAGCAUGGUGCAGACGAUGCUCUUGAGUGUUGAGCAGGCACAGAUGGAUGAAUGCGCGGAAGAGGCUGGUUUGGAGAUCUGCGACAUCAACAGCUGUUAG